AUGGAAGCCGGCCAGUCUUGGAAUAAGGUGCCACGUUGGAAGAAUUCUUCAGGGGAAAGGCAGAGCGAGUCCGGAAGCCACUCUGCUCCUUCCAGGCCAAAGGGAAGCCUCCCUCGCCUCUCCCCUCUGGCUGGGGAGGAGCUUGGUGGAUGCAUUUCCCCAGAAGGUAAAGCUCAAAGGAGUCCACUGGGGGCCGGCUAUCGGGGAGCCGCGGGGAACAAGCUGCUGCUGGACUUCCAGUCGCUGAGGCUCAUGAAAGAGGACUCCGAGGAGGACAGCGCCAGCGACCUCUCGGACUCGGAGCGGGUCCCCGUCCCCCCCUCCCCGCGCUCACCUCCAGACCUGCAUCUGCGUGCAGAGGAAAUUGACCCGGUCUACUUCGACCUUGACCUUCAACCAGGCCAGGGCCACGCCAGGCCGGAAUACUACUACCCCGACUUCCUCCCGUCACCUUGCAACUCCUGGGACUUGCGGGACAUGGCUGUGCUCGCCAACACGGAGCACAGGCCGGUCCCUGGGUCCCGAGCAGGAGGGCUUCUGGGGAAGUACGUGCAGCGGCUGGUGCAGCUCGAGUGGCUGCAGAUCCUGACUGUCCAGGGCGAGAGAGCAAGGGCAGCCAAAGUCCGGCUGUCCCCCACCCCCGGGCCCGCGGGGCCUCUGAAGAGCCCGGGGAGAAGCAAGCCCCUGGGCAGCGCUGGGUCCAGGCCCCACCAGGAUGGCGCCCCCAGGUCGGGCUCUUCUCGGAAGAAAGGUGCUCCCCGUGAGGGCCACCCGACCUACUGCUGGUUGGAGACAUCCGCUAAGUCCCCGGAUGUGCCUGUGCCGGGCCCCAGCAGGGUGUGCCCUCAGAAGCAUGCCCUGGGCGCUCGGGCAGAGGAGAGGAGGAGUGGCAGGAGCCCGCGGCCGCGCUCGGACCUGGCCAGCAGCGACAGCAGCCGCCGGCUGGAAAGCAGCAGUAACCUCCGCGGCCCGGCGCCCCCCGGGAGCCUGGACGCAGCAGACCUCCCCAAGGCCUCCAGAACACAAGCACACGCAAAUCCGAGGAAAAAGGGAAGCACAGAUAACUGUGGUCAGGCCUCCCUGGCCGGUGAGAAAAAACUCAAAACAAAUGGAGGAAAGCAGAACCCACACAAAUUCAAAUAA